AUGGAUAGACUCACCGACAAGAUUGCGGCCCUGCCGCCCGACAGCAACUACUUCUCCCUCGAGUUCUUCCCGCCCAAGACCCAGCAGGGCUUCGCAAACCUGCAAGCGCGUCUCUCGCGCAUGUCACAGGCGCUUCGACCGUUGUUUGUCAAUGUCACAUGGGGCGCUGGUGGGAGCACGUCGGCGAAGAGUCUGGCGCUGGCGGAGCUGACGCAGCGGUCGCUGGGGUUGACGACAUGUCUGCAUUUGACGUGUACGAAUAUGAGUCGGAAGUUGGUGGAUGAGGCACUGGAGCAGGCGAAGGUGUUGGGGGUGAGGAAUAUUCUGGCUUUGAGAGGCGAUCCUCCAAGGAGCGAGGAGUAUCGGGAUGAUAGCAAUCCGAAUGCUGAGGAGGAUGAUAGCAAUAAGGAUUUCACAUGGGCGGUGGAUCUGGUGCAGUACAUCAGGAAGCAGUAUGGGGACUAUUUCUGCAUUGGAGUGGCUGGCUAUCCGGAAGGACAUUCGGAUCAAUCUCAUCCAGAGCACCAGUCUGUGGAGCACGAUUUGCCGUACCUGGUGGAGAAGACGAAGGCUGGCGCGGACUUUAUCAUGACACAGCUGUUCUACGACGUGCAGGCGUAUCAGAAGUAUGAGAGGCAGUUGAGGGAGCACGAAAGUGGCUUGAUGCCGGUACAAAGCUACCAGAUUCUACGCCGCACCACGAAGCUCAGCCAUUCGUCAUUACCGCCAGAGCUGCUGAAGAGGUUUGAAGCGGUGAAGGGCGACGAUGAAGCUGUCAAGCGUGUUGGCGUUGACGUGAUUAGCGAGAUCGUGCAGGCGAUGAAGGACAUGCCAGGCCAAGGUCCCAGAGGGUUCCACUUCUACACCCUGAAUCUAGAGAAAGUCGUUACUCAAAUCCUGGAACGAAGCGACCUGAUUCCACCAAGCACACCUAUGGUUGCCGCCAAUGGACGAAAUGGCAACGUGGAAGAAGCCAUCGCCGAACACGAGUCCGACGGCUUUCUAAUAGUGGAAGAUGGCAAGAAGACACGCCAUCGCCGCCAGUCAUCCAUGGCAAACUCCCAGCCUCGUAACCGCCUCGUCGUGAGCAGAGAGCGCGCCUCCAGCACCAGCAGCAACCGGACCGCAGCACUGCAAGCACGUGAAGACGAAGCCGGGGUGCCGAUGGAAGAGAUCAACAGCCGUGCAAACACCCUAGCCAUCUCCGAAGGACAAGGCGAAAUGGGCCGCGAAGCGACCUGGGACGACUUCCCGAACGGACGCUGGGGCGACGCUCGCUCACCAGCGUACGGCGAGAUUGACGGGUACGGCGUGAGUUUGCACGUCAGCACGCCUGAAGCGAUGAGGUUAUGGGGCCGACCGACGUCUGUCGAAGACAUUUCGAAUGUGUUCCGACGACAUCUGGAAGGCGAAAUCAACGCUAUGCCAUGGUCCGAAGAUGCGCUCCAGCCGGAAACCUUGACUAUCAAGGAGCAGCUACUCGGCAUGAUCGAGAAGGGCUGGUGGACCGUUGCCUCUCAACCUGCCGUCAACGGCUUGCGAAGUUCAGAUCCAGUAUUCGGCUGGGGUCCAAAGAACGGCUUCGUCUUCCAAAAACCAUUCGUCGAGUUCUUCCUCUCCUCCUCAGAUUGGAAGAAACUCCGCGCCGAGCUCGACCAGGACGACGAAGUGACAUAUUUCGCCGACAAUGCCGCGGGCGACUUCGUCAGCUCCGACGCCGAGUCCGUCAACCCCGUCACAUGGGGGACUUUUGCCGGCAAGGAGAUCAUCACGCCCACGAUCAUUGAGAAAGUGAGCUUCAGGGCGUGGUGCGAGGAGGCGUUUGGGAUUUUGGCGGAGUGGCAGAAAGUGCAUAAGCCUGGGUCGGAGAGCAGUAAGUUGCUGGAGAGGAUUAGGAAGGACUAUUAUCUGGUCAAUAUCAUCAGCCAUGCGUUUGUGGAGAAGGGCGCGCUGUGGGAUAAGCUGCUGGGUGGUCAUUGA